AUGUUUUACCUUGUGGGACUGGGUCUCGCUGAUGAGAAGGACAUCACUGUCCGGGGUCUGGAGGUGGUCAAGAAGGCCGAGCGCGUCUACCUGGAGGCCUAUACGAGUAUUCUGCUCGUGGAUAAAGAGAAGCUAGAAGCUUUCUAUGGACGUCCUGUUAUCGAGGCCGACCGCGAACUCGUCGAGACCGGUAGCGAUGACAUCCUCGCCGGAGCCGACAAGGGCGAUGUUGCCUUCCUAGUGGUGGGAGAUCCGUUUGGCGCCACGACGCAUUCCGAUAUUGUCCUGCGCGCCCGGGAGAUGGGCAUCGAAUCUAAGGUUAUUCCCAACGCAUCGAUCAUGUCGGGCAUCGGCUGCACGGGUCUGCAGCUGUACAACUUCGGCCAGACCGUUAGCAUGGUCUUCUUCACCGAGAACUGGAAACCCUCGUCCUACUACGACCGCGUCAAGGAGAACGUUCAAAUAGGUCUGCACACGCUAGUGCUGCUGGAUAUCAAGGUGAAGGAGCCGUCGUACGAGAACAUGGCCCGCGGACGCAUGAUCUAUGAGCCUCCGCGCUACAUGACUGUUGCGCAGUGUGCUAGCCAGAUGCUGGAGACCGAGGAGGAGCGUCAGGAGGGUGCGUUCGGGCCCGAUAGCCUAGCUGUCGGAGCUGCACGCGUGGGUGCGCCCGACCAGAAGUUGGUCGCGGGUACCCUGAAGGAAUUGAGCGAAGUCGAGAUGGGACAGCCUCUCCACAGUCUUGUGCUGCUGGGCAGGAGAGCACACGAUCUGGAGAAGGAUUACAUCCGACAGUUCGCAGUGGAUGCGGCCACGUUCGAUGCGAACUGGCAGAAGGGAGGAUACGGAGCCAGCCACUGA